CCUACUAACUCGUUAACGUUCACAUUUCCCACGCCACACUGCGCCUGCUACUCCGUAGUGCCGUCCCGUCCCGUCCCAGCCGCCUCGCUCCUCCGCCUCCGUUCCCCCCACCUCGCCCCGCCGCCGCCGCCGCACCCGUGGAGUCUUCCGCGAGCACCCGCCACGUUCCCCGCUCGCCGGACCCAGCGGCGCGCGGCGGGCAUUCCGAGCUCCGGGACGCCGGGGGGGCCGCGGGGUGCCGCGCGGAUCUGAGGCUGACGGGUCGGAAUUCGGGCGAAUAGCUGGCGGCGGGAGUUGGGUCGGGUUGGUUUGGCGAGUUUAGGCGGGUUUGCGCGGAAGGAGGAAUUUGGGGGAGGAAGAGUUGGUGAGGCCGUCGCUGGGUGGGAGGCCGCCCGUGGUACAUGCGCCCCGGAGGCGCCUGCCGCCGCCGCCGCCGCUUCGCCGUUGUUGGGAAGCGAUGAUCGAGCAGUUCGUAAACUUUGUCAUCCGGCCGCCUCGUGCAGAGUACAACCCAGAUCAGUAUUUAUGGGAGCCAGAGUUUACUCUUGCCGGAAGGAAGUACAAAAGGCUAGAUUUGGAGCUUACUAAUGAAAGAGGUCAGACCUUAAAAUGCAGCCACUAUGUUCCUGCUGUCAUACCAGAAGACACUGCCCUUCCAUGUGUUAUCUAUUGUCAUGGAAAUAGCGGAUGCAGAGCCGAUGCAAAUGAAGCCGCUGUAAUACUUCUUCCAUCAAACAUCACCCUUUUUGCGCUUGACUUUGCGGGAUCAGGGCUAUCAAGUGGAGAGUAUGUCAGCCUAGGUUGGCAUGAGAAGCAGGAUCUCAAAUGUGCAGUGUCCUUUCUACGUAAUAAUAAGCAAGUUUCUUGUAUAGGCCUCUGGGGGCGCUCAAUGGGUGCUGUUACAAGCCUGCUGUAUGGAGCAGAAGACCCCUCAAUUGCCGGCAUGGUUUUGGACAGUGCUUUCUCCAACUUAUAUGACUUAAUGAUGGAGCUUGUAGAAGUUUACAAAAUACGAGUUCCUAAGUUCACGGUUAAGAUGGCUGUUCAGUACAUGCGACGCGUCAUUCAAAGAAGAGCUAAAUUUGACAUAAUGGAUCUUAAUGUUGUCCAGUUUGCACCGAAGACAUUUAUUCCUGCAUUAUUCGGACAUGCAUCGAAUGAUAUGUUUAUCCAGCCACAUCACACAGAACGUAUUCACCAGGCAUAUGCGGGGGAUAAAAAUUUAAUCAAAUUUGAGGGUGAUCACAAUUCCCCAAGGCCUCAAUUUUAUUAUGACUCUGUUUCAAUAUUCUUCUAUAAUGUUCUUCGCCCACCUCAAUUUCCUUCAACAUGCUCUGAUAAAUUUGACAAGUAUUACAACCUUGGUGCUUUUAAGGGUGGUCCUGGUACAAAUGAGAGCUUAUUGUAUGAGAUCAUCAAUGGUCUACGGGCAGCCGGCACUGAUGCAGGCAGUUCAUCAGCUGCUACAACUAAUUUCACAAAUGCUACAAAAUCAGUGGUUGAGUUGCUGACAGAGAGGGUAAAUCAGCUCUCUGUCAAAAAUGAUAAUGACUUGGAUUUCCUUUUGGAUGAAAAUCAUAACCUCACUGAGAUGGAUAGCAACACAGCCGAGUGUCAUUUAGAGGAUAAAGCAAACAGACAAACUGAGGAGUGCUGCUCUUACACCAGCUCAAACAGAGAGAGCUGGGGAAGAUGUUCUUCCUUGGGCGCAGCUAGUGACGGAUCAUCUUCAGGCGAGCGGCCUGGGAUACCCAAUCAUAAGCAUAAGAGCAUGACUCUAAGGGCUUUAGCGACGCCACUGAGACGGAUACGAAGGAAGCCUCUCACAAUCCCAAAAGAGAAGAAGAAUCGGUCCCUAUGGAAGAGGCUAAAAAAAGAGAGGCAAGAGAUGGGGGAGAACUUAUCCCAGCGUCUCCGGCUGUGUCUGCAAGGCCAGGCUCGACACAAGAGAACCAAGUCGUCUUGACUACUGUGAAUACACAAUUAACUCGGAAAAAUCUGCUAGGAACUCGCUGAUGAUUCACCAACAGGACUGCACCGCGACUUGGAGUUUCUGACAUUCAGUGCCAAUCAUGCUGUGUACAUUGGUUGAGCAUUACUUAGAAUCUUCUGUUAGGUCAUGGAUUGUCCCAGCCCCAGGGUGUGUUAACUGCCAAUCUUCCACAUUCGUUCCUUAUUAUUCUUUCCAAUUUCAUCCUGUAAAUUCCAUGGCUGAUUGUUCUGUGACUUGUGGUUGGGGAAGGGGCAUCAGUGCAUUGCUUUCAGGAUUUGUGUAGGGUUUGAAGGUCGAGUUGUAUCGAUCGAAUCUCUCUCUGCUUUCAUCGCUGCUCGGCGACUCUCUCUGAUUUGCUA